AUGGCAUCGCUUGUCGGGGACAUAUACACAGGAUUCAUGGACUAUAAGAAUGCAUACGAAAAUCCUAAACUCAUAUGGACCUUGAUUGGCGCCAUGUUUGCGCUUGUUUCACUAUUUGCAAUUACACCUGAACCUUAUGAAAUUUACAAGAAUCGAACAAACUUCGGACUUUCACCUCUUUUUACAUUUGCUAAUCAUAUGAGUAUGUGGCUCUUAGUAAUAAACUUUUUAUGCCUAAAUUAUCACGAAUUAGUCGGAAUUUUUCAACACAGUUUUGCCGAAACUAUACCAUCAUUAAUUGUUUUUGUAGAAUUUAUUGGCCAGUGGCUUAGUUUUAUGCCAACCGUUUUCAUGAUGCUUCAUUAUGAUGAUCGAGAGCACAACAAAGAUGAAUCAGAGAAAACAAAAUUUAUACACAAGCUUAUUAAUAAUGGCUUAGUCAUUCUCAACGUAUCUUUGGUCAUUAUAAUGAUCGGCUUCUGGCUUUUAGUCGGAAUGUUUAUUAGUUUUGAAUGCAGCAUCAUAAACUACUAUGGACAAGUAUGCGGAUUUGUAUCCACUGUACUAGUCUUUAUCCAAUAUGUUCCUCAGUUUAUUAUGACAAUUAAAAUCAGAGAUAAUGGAUCAUUAUCGCUACUUAUGCUUGAAAUUUUAGGUCCAACUGAAAUUAUGAAUGGAAUCUAUAUGGCUGUUGUCUUGAAAGAAGAAUGGUCAACCUACCUUGCAAGCUUUGCAGAGGGAACAUUCCAACUAUCCCUACUACUAUUAUGUAUAAUGUUCAAGAUAUACAACAAAAUCAAGAAACCAGCUCCAAAUUUUCCAAAUUUAUCUUCAACAGUAUUAUCACCUAUCAUUCCAGUCAAUAUACCAUAG